AUGAGUGAGCACGACGCAUGCGAAUUCGUCGCUGAGGAGAUUCCGGAGACAUGUGGCCCAUGCUUGCCGAUGAGCCACAAGAUGGGCUAUUGGGGCGCUGAUCCCAUCACUCCUGCGGGAGGUAUCCGCAACAUGCGAGAGACGUGCAUCGACUCAGCGAGUCAGCGUCGUGUGCUCUUCUUCAACGCAAUACCGGACCACGAGAUCUCCAUACCGCGGGGCCGCUCGUCGCCAUGCGCCGCAGCGUACAAGCUGACGCUGCCGCGGCCCGAGUACAAGAGCCGCACCAUCGAGAUACCCGCAGCUGGGCCGAUUGCCUUUGCGCGCAAUGGCGUCCCAAUCUACUCACCCGUGUGGGCAGCGCACAACAGUUUCCUCUUCGAGGAGCGCGCGUGGGCGGGGCAUCCGUACUCCCAGGUGCCGCUCUGGCACUACCAUUUCGUUGGCCCGCAGCACCCAUUUUGGCGCAACAAUGAGACGCAACUGGUGGCGUACGCGCUGGAUGGGUUUCCGAUUUUCGGACCGACGGCCGCAGCCCUCGACGCGUGCAACGGCCGAUUCGUGCGAGGCCAGUAUCAGUAUCACGUCGUCCAGAGUCCGGCGGAGGUCGACUUGCGGCGGCCGUACUGCGCUGCGGGCAACGCGGUGAAUUGGAACUUUGUGCUGGGCUGCUACCACGGCUCCACGAGCUCCACGAGGCUCGAGCGAGACACAGGCUCGAGGAUAGGGCUGCAAUGCAGCGCCGACGCUGAUUACGAUGCCCCCAGGCCAGCCGGGAUGUGA